CCCACAUGUGCCUGUGUCCAAUGUGAGGGGGAGGUGAAACAGUUGAGGGCUUACUCUGCCAUCAACUGGCAGCAGUUUGCUUAGUCUCGACUCGAACAAACUGGUUUGGACUACUCUAAUGCUCAGGAGGAGACCGACCGUAUCAAUAGGAGGGGCUGACUGGUAGCAGUGUGUUUGAAAAUCACGCUGUUGGAGCGACGAUGAGUUCCCACGUGAAGCUGAGAAAGGAUAGGGUCGGUGUGGUGACCUACGACACACAAAUCAAAGAGGUCCGCAGCCAGCUAGUUGACCAGCUGAAGGUUCUAGACCUGCAACUGGAGCACAAAAGCCAGCAGAUGCAGGACCUGAGUGAAUACCUACGGCGGCGGGGGGAGAUAGAGGGCGACUACGCCCGCUCACUGGAAAGACUCGCCGAAAAGUUCACGUCCAAGAUCAAGAGGAAGGAGCCCAGUGGCCAGUCAGUAGCCCAGGUGUGGCGGUCCCUGCUGGCCCAGACUCGCCAGGAGGCCAGGGACCACAGUGGUCUGAGCGAGAGCUGCAGCAACCUGCUCAUCCAGCCACUGGCUAACUGCCUGGAGUACACCCAGCGCCUCUCCAGAAAGAGUAAAGAGGUGUGUGCGCAGCUACAGGACGGACUGUUGAAGGUUACCAUAGAGCUCCAAACAGCAUGGAGGACAUACUUGCAGUACUACUCAGACUUUAUGUUGGCGGAUGGGAAGCUGAGGGAUGCAGAGAAACAGGAGGAAAAACAGAAAACCAAGAAAAUGGAGAGGUUGAUAGAAAAAAGACAGGGCAAGGUCCAGGAGAUCCAGGUGAAGUGCAGCAAGGCACGAAACGAGUACCUUCUGAACCUGGCCGCCGCCAACGCCUCAAUGAACAAGUACUACCUUCAGGACAUUUCCACGCUCAUAGACUGCGCAGACACGGGUUACCAUCAGACGGUGGGCCGUGUGAUGCGGAGCUACCUGUCACGGUGGAACCACGCCCAGAAGAACCAGAGCACCGGGCUACAGCAAAUCCAGGGGACCGUUUCUGGACUGGUCCAGAACAUGGACCGAGACAACCUCCUGGAGACUCACAACAACACCUUCUGCCUCCCCCUCCGCUUCCAGUACCAACCCCACGACGGAGACCAGGUGUGUGAGGUGAGCACAGAGCACGAGCUGAGCACAGAGCUGGAGACCCGGUUCAAACAGAUACAGAACAGGCUGACAACCGUCUGCCAGGAGACGGAGGAGGCUGGGAAAGGCCUGAUGGUCGGCCACUCCUCGCUGCUGGAGAUAGUCUCUGACGACGACCUGGAGCCUAGUGGAGGAGGUGGUGGUGGUGGUGGUGGUGGCGGCGGCGGAGGGGUUGGUGGUGGCACCGGUUGCCCUCAGGAAGAGGGCGCAGAGAACCAGGCAAGCAAGCCCAGUGCAGCCCGGCGGAGAGCCAACCAACAGGAGAUUGAGCAACUCUAUCUCACCAAAGUAAAGGAGUACCUGCUAGGGAGUUCAUUGGCAUCCAAACUUCAGGCUAAGCAUGAUUUGCUUAAAGUAGCAGUUGAAAAAGCUCAAGCAACAAAUGGUCAACAGCGCAGGCUUAAUCCAAAGUCUGUGCAUAUGAGGAGGAACCAGUCAAAGGCCAACUUGAGUCACAAACCUUUCAGUAGCGACAUCCUUCCAUUCAUACAAGCUUCCGGACAGGAAAUCCCGGAAGUUGUUGAGAGCUGCAUUCGCUUCAUUAACCUGAAGGGUCUCCACCAUGAAGGAAUUUUCAGAGUUCCUGGUUUACAAGCAGAGAUCAUCAGCCUGAGGGAUGCCUUUGAGAGAGGAGAGGACCCCCUGACAGACCAGCCGGUCGACAUGGACUCGGUGGCGGGGGUGUUAAAGCUCUACUUCAGAACCCUGAAGAACCCCCUGUUCCCUUUAGAGAGCACCUCACAGCUGCUAGAGGCCUUCCAAAUGGAGAGUGAGACAGAGGGAGUGGCUCAUCUGAAAUUGGUCAUCUCCGCCUACCCUGCUCCUCUCGUCGUAGUCAUGAGAUACCUCUUUGCAUUCCUUAACCACUUGUCCCAGUACAGUGACGAGAACAUGAUGCAGCCCUACAACCUGGCCGUGUGCUUCGGCCCCAGUCUGUUGAGGGGGGCGCCGGACGAGGACGUGGUUACGCUGCAGCCUCAGAUCAACGCGCUGGUGAAGAGCAUAAUCCUGCAGCACGAGGGUGUGUUCCCCAGCCAGGCCGAGGUACAGGGGCCCGUGUAUGAGAAAUGCAUGACACUGGAACAGGACGACUGUGAGCCAAUCCUAGAGGAUGGAGACGGGGAUGCAGAAUGUUUACAGGAUCCAGGAGACCCGCUACCGACGCAGAAAAAAGGAGAGCGCUCUCGCUCCGUCAGCAGGAGCUCCUCGGAAAAGAGGCGGUCCCGUCACGAGCCAACAGGGGGCAGCUUCAGCAAGGGAGCAAAUUUCUUCAACUUGAAACUUCCAAUCGGCCCACAGGCCAGGCCCUCCCCCCAUUCCCCCGGCUACAUCAGACGGGGACAGAACAACUCGCCUUCUGAAGAAGUGACGGUCCUCGUUGACAAGGAGAUCUGGGCCCAGAUGGACACAGUCUUUAAAGAGCUUCUCAAUCGACAAGGGGUCCAGGAACCCCCCUCCUCUUCCUCCUCUUCCUCGACCGUCCCCGCCGCCUCCUCUCCGUCUGCCCAGAGCCAGUCGAGGAAGAAGAAAGCAUGAGGACAGAGUGGAGCCUGAGGGGCUUUUAAGAAGGGCAGAUCAACUAAACAUAGCAGAGAAAUGGAUAAAAAGAAAGGAAUCAAAGAGCGACAUGUGUGAGCAUCUGUUUAAGUUAUUGGAGAGAAUGUGUGUUGUUUGUUGUUGUGUCUUUUGUGUUUAAGAGACGUUGCUCACUGUCUAACAAUGACUUCUGUGGAUAUGUGUGGCAGGAGAGCUUUAGUUUAUGUUUAUACAGCGCACCCUUGUGGUUACCGCACAGAACAAGAUGGUAGAUUUUUCAAGCUAUUAUUCAUACAACAGACUGGAUUGAGCUAUUGAGCAUUUAUUUUUUGUUUGUUUUUUUACUGUUCGACAUGAUAAAAUACUUGACAUGCGCUCAUUUCUUUCGGCUGUUUGUAUGGGAUAAAAAAAGGGUAUUUUAGGCCUUUCAAUACAAAUAGGCCUUGUGUUGAACUUUGAAGGCCAAACUAUUAAAAGUGCUCUUAAUCAAAAAGAAUUCACUCUCGACCAUGAAGGGGUGUCACUCACUCUAAACAAACGGAACUAACACAUACACGCAUCAAUUCAACCUGCUGUCCAGAAAGAUGGGGUCACUUAUACAUUAGAUAAACUGUGAAAUUUUGAUUUUGUAUUUGUACUGAUCAGUAUACGAUUUUAUUUUCACAUGGUGAACUGAUGGAUAAUAAAACAAUAUGCCAAGAUA